CUUUUCUGACAGCUGGGACUUUUCCUGUUGGACCGAUAAUUUUAGUAAAUAACUGUUAAAUCAGGUAAAAUUAUGACAAUGGGAUGUGCGUAUUUAUGUCUGGCAGACAGGUCCCCACCAAUUCUCCAAUUUAUGGCAGAUUUAUGUUGAUAUCAAACUCCUGCAUGGAUGGCUUUAAAGAAGGAGGUGCUGUCAUUAUAUAGACGUAUUCUUCGCCUGUCAAGGACGUGGGAGGCAACCAACCCUACAGCUACCACUGCAGAGAGAGAUUACAUAGCCUCAGAGGCCAGAGUUCUUUUCAGGCAGAAUAAACAGAUUGACAGUGAUGAGGAAAUCCAACAGCACAUUAGAGAAGCUGAAGCUAGAAUUGAAAUAGCCAAGCAUUACCAAAAUCCAUACCCACGACUGACAAACAUUCCUCAGCAAGUUUUACCUUUAACUGGACAUAAAGUGAAGAAAGGACAACAAAGAGCACUGAAACAGUCCACCCCCGUUUAUCUGAAAUCACUUUAUGACACUAGGAGAAAAUAACCAUCAUUUCUACUCUGA